AUGAAGGGUGAGUCGAGGUUCAACCUGAUGGCAGCUUCGUUCACCACUACUGUUGAUCCUACCAGACCGAUGUAUUAUGACGAAUCAGAACAAGUUCGUGAGGAAGGAGAUCUUCGAAACAAAGUUCGGUCAUCACGAUACCUUGACUCCGAUACUUUAGAAUGGGUACACGUGGACGAAACUCGUCAAAAUCGGAAGCCAUCGGGGGAGCACGUUGUCAAGUAUGAGCAGAGACCGUUGGACGCAUCUCAGAACAAUAUGAAGCAGUGCCGUACUGUGAAUCCUCAGAUGGAUCGUUUCGUGCCGCCAGCACUGGAACCCUUCAGAGCAUAUGUCAUCAAAAGGCCAUCCAUCCAGAAGUCCCCGAGUGAGAAGAAGGAAUCUUGCGUCCCUAGAGGGCCGAUCUUAAGUUUGGAGAAAGAGCUGAUUGAAAGCUGGCGCAAUACAAACGAGUACUUGAUCCCUCACUUCGCCAAGCUCGAGUUGGCCAAAGGGGUCAACCAAACUAUGUUGAAAGAAAACGAACGGAUGGGAGCAGCAACGAGGAUGCUCCGACGUAUCGCAAACCGCAAUGCUCGGAAAGCCAAGAACGCAGAGGGCAUGAAUAAGGAGGAGAGCGAAUACAGCAUCACUAAGAAGUACGGAGGAGCCUUAUCGCAGAACACUUUCAAUCCAUGCACCAGACCGGACCAUGAGAACAGACCUUGGCUGUCGAGAUACAAUCAGGACGAAGCAAGUCCAUAUCAAGCAGAAGAAGCCGGACCCAACGAGACCGAAGAGGAAUGCAGGGCGAGACGAGCUGCGACAGUUGUUUCUAUCAUUGGCUGUGGAAAGAUGGGGAGUAGACUUGCCGAGUUGUGGGCAAGGGGAGGAUAUAAGGUCCUCGUUGGCUCCAGAGAUCAGCUUCGAGGUGAAGAGACCGCACGACGUCUGACAGAAAGCAUUUCCAAUCAAGUCACUUCGUCCAUCGAAGGAGGGACGAUGGAGUGGGCGGCGGAUCAAGGGGAUAUUAUCGUUCUGGCCACUCCCUUCACUGCGACCAUUCAGGUUCUGAGCGUAAUUCAAGAAUUCAUUCAUGGACAACAUAAGAUUAUUCUCGAUAUUACGAAUCCCAUCUACGAUCACAAUGCUAUCGAAAGUGUAGCAGCACUUGACUUGCAUAUGGCAUUCUUAGAUGACCCCACGGCUAGUUGGGCCGUCGGUUACAAAUCUGUCUUUGUGAAUCGAUUGAACUUCGGCUCUCGGCACUCACAGGAAUCUGCAAGAUCGAAGUCAUUCGGGUGCGGGUGA